CUGAUGUUCUGACAUUUCUGCUGACAGCAUUAUAGACGGUAAAAGUGUUUGGUCAUUUUGCUAGCCGCUUAUUAUUAAUUCGUUUUUCCGGAUAUUUCUCAAAUUUAAUCUUAUAAAAUGUUUUUGACACGUGCAGAAUAUGACCGUGGUGUAAACACCUUUUCGCCAGAGGGACGCCUUUUCCAGGUGGAAUAUGCUAUUGAAGCUAUUAAAUUGGGAUCCACUGCCAUUGGUAUUUGCACCAGUAGUGGUGUGGUACUCGCUGCCGAAAAACGUAGUACAUCCGAAUUAAUGGUGUCUAGUAGUGUAGAAAAAAUCGUCCAAGUGGAUAGACACAUUGGAUGUGUUACAUCAGGUCUCACUGCUGACGCACGUACCUUAAUCGAUCGUGCACGAGUUGAAUGUCAAAACUAUUGGUUCAUCUACAACGAAUCAAUGCCAAUUGAAUCUUGUGCACAAGCUGUAUCUGCCAUGGCUAUACAAUUUGGAGACAGUAGUGAUGGCGGAUCGGCUAUGAGUCGACCAUUUGGAGUAGCGAUGUUAUUUGCGGGAAUUAAUGAAGGUGUUCCGCAACUUUGGCAUAUGGAUCCUUCAGGAACUUAUGUGCGUUACGGCGCUAAAGCUAUAGGCUCCGGAAGUGAGGGCGCUCAACAAACACUGAAAGAUGAAUAUCACAAAGAUAUGAGCUUACAAGAAGCGACAAAGCUGGCUAUGUCAAUUCUUAAACAAGUUAUGGAGGAAAAAUUGGAAUCAAAGAAUGUCGAAGUGUUGGUAAUGAAGCCAAACGAAGAUUUUCGUAUGUUCACAAAAGAAGAAGUGGAGCAGGAAAUAAAUGCAUUGUAGGACAGUGUGAGUGUAUCGAAUCUGUCAGAAAAUUUACAAUUCACGGAUACAUAACAAAUUUGUUUUGCUUUAUGGUACUUUGUAUUUAAAUAUAUGUAUAUUAAUAAAUUUAAAGCAUUUUGGAUACUUUAUCGGAAUAUAUUAUACGUAAAAUAGUA